AUGGCAAAUUUGAGACGUAAUAGUCAAAUUGUCUUAGCAACAGCUUCCUCGGGUAUAGCUGCUACACUAUUACCUUGUGGUAGAACUGCACACUCUCGAUUCGGGAUCCCCAUUGAUAUAGAGCCCAUUUCUAUUUGCAAAAUAACAAAGAAUUGUGACCUUGCAAAACUCAUUAGAAUAACCAAUGCAAUCAUUUGGGAUGAAGCACCCAUGAUAAAUAGAUAUUGUGUGGAAGCAUUAGAUCGAUCACUGCAAGAUAUUAUGAAUAUCAAUGCUCCAUUUGGUGGAAAAAUAAUGAUCAUGGGAGGAGAUUUUCGCCAGGUGCUUCCUGUUAUUGAAAAAGGAAGUAGAGGACAAAUGAUUUCAGCGUGUAUUGUUAGGUCUCAAUUAUGGUCCACCACAAAGAUCCUACACUUGCUCCAAAAUAUGCGAUCAAUUCAUGACCACGAGUUUGCACAGUUUCUGAUGAGGAUUGGAGAUGGCAAUGAACCUACUAAAGAGGAUGACAUGGUCAAGAUGCCUGCUGAAAUUGUAAUACCAUGGGAAGGAGAAAGCUCCAUAAAAAAGCUUAUACAACAUACAUUUCCCCAAUUAGAAAACCAUGGAUGUGAUGCUUCAUAUAUGGUGGAGAGAGCCAUACUUACUCCCAAAAAUUGUGAUGUACAUGUGUUGAAUGACAUGAUUAUUAAUAACUUCCCUGGAGAUGAACAUAUUUUGUUAUCUUUCGAUGAGGUUGAGGGUGAUACUCAUAAUCUAUAUCAACAGGAAUACUUACACACAAUUGCUCCUGGUACUUUACCACCACAUAUUUUAAAGAUAAAAAUAGGGGCUCCUCUGAUGUUAUUGCGUAACAUAGACCCUAAAUUUGGGUUGUGUAAUGGGACAAGAUUGUUAUGUCGUGGUUUUUUUAUGAAUUUGCUUGAUGUUGAAAUACUUACAGGCCACAACGCUGGAAAAAGAGCUUUCUUGCCAAGAAUUAAGCUCAAAACCACUGAUGGUGCAAGACUUCCUUUUGUGCUUAUUAGAAAACAGUUUCCUGUCAAACUAAGUUUUGCAAUCACUAUAAAUAAAUCACAAGGACAAACAAUUCCAAAUGUCAGAAUUUAUCUUCCACGACAUGUUUUCAGUCACGGACAAUUGUAUGUUGCUUUAUCAAGAGGUGUUUCGCGGGCUGCAACAAGAGUGCUAAUUAAAGACGGAAAAGUAGAGGGGGAAGAAGGGGAUUUUACCAAAAUAUAG